AUGGAAGAUUUUGAUGACUUAACUCAGUCAUCUGAAACAGCCUCAGAGUACGGCAGGUUUUCUUGCCCUAAUUAUGAAGCUGUAUUAAAACUAAUUGAGCAUCUUAGCCUGGAAUGCAAAGAUUCUGGUAGCCUAUUAAAAAUCCAAGACGCAGUUCAUUCACAUAGAAGGUUAAUUGAACUUAAGGACAGGCACUGCAAGGCACUUCUGGGAAAACUUGGAGCUGUGGAGAGUGAAGUGAGUGGGCUCCAUAAGCAGCUAUCAGACGCCGAACAUGAGAAAAUAAAGCAGGAACAAGAACGCUGCACGCUAAGAUUUGCUUUAAAACAAGAGGAGGAGAAGAGAAAAAAUGCUGACUGGGUUUAUGAAAAAACGAAGGCUCAGCUAAGAGAAAAAGAAGAGCAGUAUAAUAAAGAAGUUAAAAUGAAACAAAAGCUUGAAAUACGUGUUAGAGAACUGGAUGUGGAAUUGAAGACUGCAAGAAAUAGUCUUAAUAAAGCUAUAGAGGAACGGAAUGACAUUGAGAGGCGGCUUUUGCAAGAACAGAAUGCCAGAAUCCUGCAGGACCAGAUCCUGGCAAAUCACCUUCACAAACAAAAGGAGCUGAAAAUGGCACAAGAGAAAAUCAGUUCCCAGUUGCAAGAAGCACUGGAUCAACACAUAGAGCCUGCACAAUGCGUUCAGAAGAUGCACGACUGCAUUCAGAAACUUGGACUUGAAAAUUGCAAAUUAAAAGCUACAGCAAGAAAGCAAGCAGAGAAAAUUGAACAGUUAAAGAAGAACCUACUAGGAAAAAUUUUGAAUGAUGAUCUUACUGCAAAACUGGAAACUGCGUCUUCCAAAUGUCUACAACUGCAUAAAGAAAAUCAGCGGCUUCGGCAGGAGUUACUGUCUAUGAAAACCGUACAAAAGAAAUGUGAAAAAUUAAAGAAGCAUAAGAAGAAGUUAGAACAAGAAAUAGAUAACCUCAGAAAUCACAUGGAAAAGAAUAUGAUAGAAUGUGGUCAAAUAGAACAGUAUAAAUGGGAAAUCGAAGAGAAAACAAAGCAGGACUUAGUGGAAAAAUUAAAACAAAUCAACCUAUUUUUGCAGACGCAGGCAGCCUAUGAAGACAAGCUAGAGAAGCUGAGGCACAAACAGAACGCUUCGGUGCGAAUGCAGAUGGAGCUCAGAAUAAGGGACCUGGAAUCGGAAUUCUCUAAAAUGAAGAAUCAAGUAGAUUGUAAUCAAAUCGAAAUGGAAAACUAUAAGCAGCUCUACCUGCAAGAAGUCAAAAUUAGAAAAUCAUUGUCAAAUAAACUAAGCAAAACAGAUGAAAGGCUAGCAGAGGUGAAGACUAAACUUCUCCUGGAGAGGAAGCAGAGCAGAUCACAGCACAGCACCACUGACACAAGAUCUGUCCUGGAGUCCACCUGUCCUCGAGACCUUAGCAAUAGACUUUUCAUCCCAAGAGGUUUCUCCGGAGAAAACAUAAUGGUUCCUACCUCAAACCUAUGGCGUUCAGUUGAGACCAUGGAAAACUGCAAGACCAAGGGCUCUGACCAGUUUUGUAUCUCUCCAUUGACUACUGUCUACUGCAGAUAG